AACUGAGUUACGUUCAGUAUUUAUUAAUUUCAAAUUUCUGAACUAUUAAAACAAGAAGCAUACCGAAUUGAGACUCCAAGAAAAAUAAAAAUACUUAUUAAUAGAAAACUUAAAUUGACUGAAUGUAUGUAGUUUUAUGAUUAUUAAUUUUGAUUCAUGGAAGUAUUAAUACAAAAUAAAAAUCGUUUCAGUUGCUGGUGCUUUAUCAAAGUUUUUAUACUAACGUAAGUUAGGUGCAAAGAAAAGGAAAUAUCUCACUAGUCACUAGUGGGCCAUGGAUGCUCGCCCUUGCUCAAUGUAUCAUUUGGCUCUAGAGUUCACUUCUGGAGUUACUGUGAAUGAUGCUGGAAAAGUGCAUCGAUUUCUCUCCUAGAUAUUCCAUAAAAAAAUACUUUUAUCUAAAAAAAAUAGAAUAUAGAUAACCGUUCAGCUAAAACAUUUGCCUUAGUCCUUGCGCGUGCUUCAUUGAUUUCUGCCAUCAGGAGAUUAUGUUUCCCGUGCAAGCACGUCAUCCCGUCCAGCGGUCCCAGGUUAAUGGCAUCAUGGUAAAAACACAUGCUUCAUUGCAUGGAUUGAUAAAACACAUGCUUAAUAUUUCAUGGAUUUUCAGCCAUUGAUUUAGUGUAUCAUCCAACUAUCCAAGAGUUCAAACAACAUAUGAGCUCAGACUUUCAGAGGCCUAUAUGUUGCCACACCAAAAGCUCUCUCUCCCCAGAGGCUUAUCUGUUGCCACAUGGCCACACCAAGUCCAAACCCUCACCUCUCCAUGUCCAUCAAUGGAGGAGCCACCGUUUCGGCUGGUUGGGCGGCCACCCAACCUCGCCGGCGACGAACAGUGGAUCACAGUAGCAGAAGCUGCUUACUUCGACCAUCAUAUGGAUCUACCAGAGGCUUCGGUACGAGGAGAAUUGCAGUUCGUUCUGCCUCCCAGAAGAACUCGUCUCCUCCAUUGAUGACCACUGAGCAAGAAGCCGAAGACGAGGUGGUGCUAGAGUCGCCGGCGCACUUCCGCAUCUACAAGAGCGGCAAGAUCGACCGCCUCAACCGGCCACCCGUCCUGCCCGCUGGUCUCGACGAGGCCACCGGCGUCACCUCCAAGGACGUCGUCCUCGACGCCGACACCGGCGUCUCCGUCCGCCUCUUCCUCCCCAAGCUUCAGGAGCCCUCCAAGAAGCUCCCCGUCGUCGUCUUCUUCCACGGCGGCGCGUUCUUCAUCGAGUCGGCCGGCUCCGAGACGUACCACAACUACGUCAACUCCCUCGCCGCGGCGGCCGGUGUCCUCGUCGUGUCCGUCGACUACCGGCUCGCCCCGGAGCACCCGCUCCCCGCGGGCUACGACGACUCGUGGGCGGCGCUCCAGUGGGCGGCCUCGGCGCAAGACGGAUGGAUCGCCGAGCACGGCGACACGGCUCGCCUCUUCGUCGCCGGCGACAGCGCCGGCGCCAACAUCGCGCACGAGAUGCUCGUGAGGGCGGCCGCCAGCGGCGGGCGCCCGAGGAUGGAGGGCGCGAUCCUGCUGCACCCGUGGUUCGGCGGGAGCAAGGAGAUCGAGGGGGAGCCGGAGGGCGGCGCCGCGAUCACCGCGGCGAUGUGGAACUACGCGUGCCCGGGCGCCGCCGCCGGCGCGGACGACCCGCGGCUGAACCCGCUGGCGGCCGGCGGGCCGGUGCUGGAGGAGCUCGCGUGCGAGAGGAUGCUCGUGUGCGCGGGGGGGAAGGACGUGCUCGCGGCGAGGAACCGCGCGUACUACGACGCCGUGGCGGCGAGCGCGUGGCGCGGGAGCGCGGCGUGGCUCGAGUCGGAGGGGGAGGGGCACGUGUUCUUCCUGGGGAAUUCGGAGUGCGAGAAUGCCAAGCAGCUCAUGGAUCGCAUCGUGGCGUUCAUAGCCGGUGGAUGAGCUGCUUGGAUCGUAUAUAAGUCAACAUUGAAGUUGAAUCGAGUUAUUUGUUUCACUCAUCAUUCACUGGGUUGAAAUCGAAUCGAAGUAAAUAGUGUACAAACACUACUAAGCUUUCGAAGGUGAAACUGAAAUUGAUUGCGUGCCACAAAAUUGUGAUGUAUUUGUAAUAGUACAUCCCUAGAAGGGUCAUCGAUAGAUUUUUUUUUCUUGCAUAAUCAAAAGUGGCAACUAUUACCUUACAAUGAACCAUCGCAUGGACUAGGGAACAUAAGGGUAUGUUAAAUGAUAGAGACGAGUAUGGUCUCUUAGACAAUACAAGAUUAUUUAGAGAUGUGUCUUUAUAAUAGUUGAGACGACAAAGGUUCUAAUCAUUAACUCAAGAAAUAUUCAUUUUGUUAA